AUGCAUUGGCAACUUUUGGCUCUCGUCUCCCUUGUUUGUCAGACACUUAAAUUGACGUUAGCUGCAAGAAAACGAAGUGAGAGCUGGCGACAGAACUGCAGGAGCUGUCUGGAGUGUUCGAAGGAAAAUGGCUGCCUGCGCUGCUCUGAGCGCCUCUUCCUGUUCCUGAACAGAGAUGGCAUGAGUCACCACGGCUCCUGUGUUCACUCCUGUCCCUCCGGACACUUCGGCCUCCGAGGCAAAGAUCUCAACCGCUGCAUGAAAUGCAAAGCUCCAGAGUGCGAGAGGUGCUUCAGCAAAGACUUCUGCACUAAGUGCAAGGCAGGAUAUCUGCUCUUCAAAGGCAAAUGCUUCAAAAACUGUCCAGAGGGCACAUUUCCUCAGUCCACAGACUGUGUUGAAGGCUGUGUGUUCACUACCUUUGGUUUCUGGGGUGAAUGGAGCCCAUGCCAGCACAACGGCCUGAGCUGUGGUGUCAGAUGGGGGCAGCAGAGCAGGACCCGUGAGCUGUCCAGAAACACGCCUGAAGAGACCGAUGCACUCUGUCCACAUCAGACUGAGAGCAGAAAGUGCAGGAUUAAGAAAAGGUGUCCAAAAGAUAAAAGGAAAAAUGAAAGGAGAGAAGAAAGAAGAAACGCACAGAAAAAGCUGAAGCUCUUUGGGAACAGAACCAUCACAGAACCUCCAUGGAGAAUGUAA